AUGAUUGAGGUAGUAAGUUAAGUAGGUGCAACUGUUGGAGCUUUUAUUAUUGUAAUUAGCUUGAUAGGCAUACUCUUCCUCACUCCUUUCCAAAGAAGAUGGAUGUAUUAUAUAUACUCACCAAUCAUGCUUUUGAAUUUUGCCAUUAUGAUAGCUCUUGGCUUAUAUAUAAAUGCUAUGGGAGAUAUAGGAGGUAAUCUGAUUUAAGACUAUUGCGAUGAUAGAUUUGAAAGAUGGACUAAAUUAAACCUGGGUAAGUUUCCUGCCAACCUCGAUAAACACUACUCUGAUCUCGAGAAAAAUCUUCUCUGCUCCAAAACAUGCUAAUGCCCUAAGAUUAAUUUCAAUUUAUGGACUACAAGCAAGCUAACAUCCAAUAUCAAUAAUAUCUAAGUUGACUAUAACUCUAAGUAUUUCACUGGGAAUCAAUAGAAUGUGCUAUAUUGUUUAAAUGACUAUGCCAAGAACAAUCAAUAUUUUGACUAUGAUGUUAUUAAUUACUUAACCUAUAUUGAAGGCAAUCAUGAUUGUGCUGGGAUCUGCCAGCCUAUCUACUUUUAUACCUUUACUGACAUAUAAGCUGGGCCACCUACCUAAUCUUGCAGGACUUUUAUUUAGGAUGAUUUUAUGGGAAGUGAAGGGGUGUUUAGAAGAUAUUCUUUGAUAUACUUCGUAGCAGGAGCUUUUGUAUUUAUGGCAUGGUUUUUCUCUUUUGGAAUAUGCUUUAGGACCGAAUAAAAAUCAAGAACUAGAGUAGAGAUCAAUAAGUGA